CUUAAUUCCAGAGAGAUCAAAGUCCCAAAUUACAAGAAGCUACAGAAGAAUCUGCACUGCCCUUUAUUACAUCUCCAACCAAAGUAAACGCUCUGAGAUUUCUCAAUCUCAUCUUCAACAAGACAACAACAGAAGUAGAGAACAAUGGCAGAGACUAUGUAUCAUCAACAAACCUCCGCCGUGGGUGCAGCAGCUUUUGAAUCUCUCCUCCACACCCUCGAUCCCAUAUCUCUCCUCCUCUCCCACAACCCAGUUCCGCAAUCCGAACCUGAACACAUGGAGCGAGGCCCCAGAUACAAUGCAUAUGCUGAACUCAGAGAAUCCAAGCUUAGAAGCAAGUAUCUGCAACUGAGCCCAGAUCAAGAUCAACUCGAACAAGAGAGAGAAUCGAAACCGACUCCGGUUAAGAAACAGGUCAAGUUUAAUGUUACUGUUCCGAGUAACAAUGUUCCCCGGAGAAAGGUGUCUGCUUCGUCUUCUGUUGUGGCUCAAUCUGUGCCGGACUUCUCGGCGGUGCUGAGGAGGGAGAAGGAGAACCGCAGGCCGGCGACGAGGCUUGAGAUGACUCCGCCGGGUUCGAAGAUCAACUACUACGGUGGAGUUUUGUCGAGUUCACGAGGGAGUAAGUCGGCGAGUGCAGGGGAGAAGAAUAGGGGCAAUGGAGGGUUGAUGUCGAGAAAGAGCUAUGCGAAUCUUGAAGAGCUGAAGGGUUUGUCUUCCAUUGCUGCUAGUGCUAUUAACUGUGGUGGAAGUGAUAUCAGGGCAGGGGGGAGGAUCGGUAGGGCAACAACAGCCAAGAAUGUUUUGGGCUACAGACACUUCUGAUUUUGUUCUUUCUUGAGUUUGGGGUUUUGUUCGAGUUUGAUUCAUUUUGUUCUAUAUGUAUACAUUUUUAACUACCAUAUGAGUUUGAUAUGAAUUGCAUCUGUUCAAAAAGAGAGGCUUUGAUGAUUUGCUUUGGGAUUGUUUUGCUUUGUAACUACCAUAGUGGAGUUUGAUAUGAAUUGCUUCUAUUGUAGCAAGCUAGUAAUACUUAAUGAAUGAUGAUGGAAAGAUUU